GUGAGAUCGUAAUCAACCUCAGGAAAGUCAUGAUGUGGAAGAAAGGAAAUCUGGGCCUGGUUCUAUUGACACUUGAAUUUUUGCAACAUUGCGCCGGAAAUUCGCUUGAAAAGAAUCAGAACCUAGGGAACUGGACGAAUCGAACCUCCAGGCAAUAGAGCUCUCCAUUCCCGCCACCCCCACAAUGGGGAUUCCCGUUUUGGAAUGAUGGCGCCACUCCGCAAGUACCUUCCCAAGGUACCAGAUUCCAUCGACUGGAGAACCAAAGGUGUGGUUGGUCCUGUUAAAAAUCAAGGUUCGUGUGUGUCCGCCUGGGCAUUCGCUGUGGCGGAGGUAGUCAAAAUCCGCCAUGCCAUAAAGACCGGAAUAUUCCUCCCCGACCUCUCUCCACAGCAACUGGUAGACUGUGACACAUCAAACGUUGGAUGUGGGUGGGGGGGCCUUGCGCACUCAGCCUUUCAGUAUGUUCAACGUUACGGUCUAAUGAGUUGGCACGACUACCCGUACGUCGAUGAAAAACAACCCUGCGCCUACAAUGCAAGCAAGGUGGUAACAAAAAUAAAUGGGAUCGGGGUGCUUCAUAAUGAGUAUUACAUGCGGGAUGAAGUGGGGUUGCGUGGUCCGGUAAGUAUAUGCAAAUACUACAUAUUAUUUAUGUAUAUUAACCUUAACCACUUUUAUUUAGCUGUGUUACCUGGCAGCCAGAUUCUGGCUUGCAUUGUAUUUAUUAUUUUUUUGGAAAAUUGUCUUUGUUCAUCGUAAAAAAUUUGGAAGCAAAAACUUUUAGUAUUACCUAACCCUGUUUUCUUUUUGUAGGAAUUGUAUUAUUUCAGUUCCACUGGUAAACAAAAUUCGUUUCAGAGCAAUGAAAUGCAUUAAUUUACAGAAUUUUUGACAUAGCAUGAAGCCAUGCAACUAUUUAUUUCCCUCAAACUGCAACUCCACACGCAUAACUAAUUCUAAACAGUCUUGAAAUACUUUAGUACCAUUGGGAUUACAUUUGUCCGAACGGAGUAAAUAUUUACAUAUGUCUGUGACUCUACCGCCACGGUAAUAAAUUUAUUAUUCGGUGGUAGGAAUGUGUUGCAAAACGGCUAAUAUUUUUAAAUCCGCGGAUGGACUAAUUACUAGGGUUGCCGCGGGUAGCAAAAAUGCUACCCGUUACCCGACCCGCUACCCGCAGCACAA